AAGCACUUCUGCUCUCGAACGGACGCGGACUCCACGGAUUCCUAAUACCUUUACCCCAUUUUCUUCGGCUCCUUACGGCCAUCAUGACGUUCUCACCCGUCCUCAGCCCGCGGCCCAAUCCACCAGGCACAAAGAUGGCCACCAACGCAACAGCCGCAAAGGCGAAAGCGCUCGCAAUCCUCAACAACAGCAGGGCUGUGCCUUCUCCGAGCGUGGCAUCAACUCCAGGAGAUGGCGGGCUGGAUCUGGCGGAGCAGAUGAACGACGAAGUGCGGCGGCGUUUCGUGUCCGGCACCCGCCUCGGCGAGGGUACGUACGCUAUCGUAUACAGCGGCCACUACCGGCACGACCCUAGCAAGCUCGUCGCUAUCAAAAAGAUCAAACUAAACGCCGACUUCAAAGACGGCAUCGCCAUGGACGCCAUCCGGGAGAUAAAGUUCCUCUCGGAGCUGUCGCACCCCAACAUCAUCCAGCUGCACGCCGUCUUCUCCACCAAGGACCAGAACAUAUCGCUCGUGCUCGAGCACCUCCCGCUCGGCGAUCUCGAAAUGCUCUGGAAGAACCACAGCAUAUCCUACGGCGGCGCCGACAUCAAGAGCUGGGCGAACAUGCUGUGCCAGGCCGUCUGGUUCUGCCACGAGAACUACGUGCUGCACCGCGAUAUCAAGGGCAACAACUUGCUGAUAUCGGCGGAUGGCACGGUGAAGCUGGCCGAUUUCGGUCUUGCGCGCAGCUUCGCGGACCCGGGCCGGGACAUGACGUGCAAUGUUAUUACGCGUUUCUACCGUCCUCCCGAGCUACUGCUUGGAUGCCGCCACUAUGGCGGUUGCGUUGAUGUGUGGAGCACGGGGUGUGUGAUUGCGGAGCUGGCGAUUCGCGAGUUCUUCCUGCCGUCGGAGACGGACAUCCAGCAGCUGAGCGUCAUAUGCGACGUUUUUGGCAUCCCGACAGAAGAAACCUGGCCCGGAGUCUCGAAAUUGCGACACUACGAAGCGAGUUUCGGCGCUGCUGCACCGAAGCAUCCACAUGGCAUAAACUACUGGAAGCAGCGCUUCCCGCUGCUGGGCGAGGACGGAAUCGACCUUCUCCGCGGCAUGCUCAGGAUGGAUCCGAUGAAGCGGCUCUCAGCAACGCAGGUGCUGCAGCAUCCGUACUGGACCAACGCGCCGCGGCCAACGAAGAAAGAAAAUCUUCCCAAGCAAGGAGGCGGCGAGAAGACAAUGGGCGAGGAUCUCAAGCGGCGUGGUGGAGAGAUCGAGACUGGCCGCCUUGACAAGGUAGCCAGGAAGCUCGAUUUCGGGGCGAUGAAGAAAUGAGCGAGCGGCGUGUUGCUGGUCGCCGCAUGUAUUGUACGAUACCGGGCGGAGACUCAUGGGGAUAUGGCGUUCUGGGAGCGGAGCAUGUCUCCCUAGCAUUUGACGGCGUUUCUGGAAUUGACGGGAUUGCGCGGAAGCAUUUCAGGGUCGGUCAAGAUCGUCUUGGACUGUGUUUGACCACAUGGUCGAAAUUCUAGGAUAAUAGCAAGGCUCGUCCUAGUUGGAUGGAGAGUCCGCCCCAGUCCUUGUGUCUAAGAAUCCCCUCGCUCAACACGACAUUCGGGCGCUAG